UCUGACGACGUUUCCAAACACGAGCAUGUUCCAGAAGCUCUAUUUUCCUCUCUCAGCUGAUAGUGACGUAACGCGUGCAGCUUAGACCCGCACACGAGGCAAACAGGGUUAACUGACUGCUUGUUUUCACGGUGGUGGGGUCCGUAGAGUAGACCACUGAGGCACAGCGGUACACCGCGGACAUAUUGUGUUGUUGAAAAUAUUUGUGUCGGGGCGGUGGAGUGGAGGACUAAAGGAGGAGGCUGUCUGUGCGGCUGUCACGAAGAGUGGGGCAGCACAUACCAGAGGUACCGCUAUCAUAACUAAUUCAUUGUCGAUCCAAACCGGUGGACAGACGGCUAAACUGCUCACUAAUUAGGCCGAAAGACUCAGACGUUGUAUUUUCCUUUCAGGGGCAGUGCAGUGAGGAGUGACAGGAGGCAACAUGGUGGAUUACUAUAACGUUCUGGGAGUGUCCAAAACAGCCUCUCAGGAUGACAUCAAGAAAGCUUACAGGAAACUGGCACUGAAAUGGCAUCCAGACAAAAAUCCAGACAACAAGGAUGAAGCAGAGACAAAGUUCAAAGAACUGGCUGAAGCCUAUGAAGUACUAUCUGACACGAGUAAGCGUGAUGCAUAUGACAGAUAUGGAAAUGACAGAAUGGGACACACAGGUUCCUCCAGCUCAGACUUUUCAUCAGAUUUCCCAGGAUUCACCUUCACAUUCCGCAAUCCAGAUGACGUGUUCAGAGAGUUUUUUGGCGGCCAGGAUCCCUUCGCUAACUUCUUUGAUGACUUCUCAUCCUUUGGAGGCUCAUCCUCUCGCCUCGGCCCCAGUCGGUUCUUUUCUUUUCCUUCAGCAGGAGUUGAUUUUACCUCCUUCUCCUCUUCCUUUGGUGGUCUGGAUGGGAUGGACAGCAUGGGCGGAGGGAUGGGCAACUUCAAAUCAGUUUCUACCUCCACUCGCAUCAUAAAUGGCAAACGCACCACCACCAAGAAGAUAAAGGAGAACGGGCAGGAAAGAACAGAGAUUGAGGAGGAUGGGGUGUUAAAGAGUGUCCUAAUUAAUGGUGUGGAGGAUGAAAUGGCCCUCGCACUGGAGCUGAGUCGACGAGAGGGACAGCCCCGUGACUCACCUCAGAAGCCACAAAUCCAAAACAGAUCACCUGCCGAGUAUGACAGAUCCCGCCCCAGCCCUUACUCUGCAGCCACACACCGGUCAUUUAGCUCCGCUCCCUUCUACAACUGCGGGGUUGUGGGCGGCAGCGAGGAUGACGAAGAAGAUGAAGACCUGCAGAUGGCUUUGGCAUGCAGCCUGUCAGAAAUGGAAGCCCAGCAGAGACCAGCUGCUACUGACUUCAUAUCAGGUGCUGGGGGUGGGGGCAGAGCCAUGAUUGACAAAACUGGUGGUCAUAAAGGAGGCAGGGUUGUUAAGACUACACAUUUGAAUGUGGCUAUUAGUAAAAAGGUUGUUGCAGGGGAGACAGAUGAAGAGGGGCAGUUUAAAAUGGGCUCUGGGCCUGGAGCUCGGAGAGAUGGAACCAAGAAACCAGACUUCUCUCCUGAGUCAUCCACAACUGCCAGCACUACGCCGCUAAGCCAAAGCACUGAAGAAGAGUUUGAACCUGCCAUGAAAAAUAGUGAUGGCAGUGUGAAAAAGAAAAAGAAGUGUGGGUGUAUUAUGUGCUAAUGCAGUGUGUGUGUGUGUGUGUGUGUGUGUGUGCGCACGUGUGCGUGCGUGCAUGUGUGUAUUUGGGAUGCCUUAUUUUUAUACUUACCUCAGUGUUGCCUACAGCCAGACUCUAAUGUGAUGUGAUUGCCAGCCUCUUUCAGGCAGUGCUUCAACUGAUCACAAGGCUUUCAUGCUGUCUUAACACCUCUAAAAGAGACAGUUAGUCAACUUUGACAGGGUGUCAACCUAGAUAAUUCCACAUAAUUUGCCAAUACAGCUACAAGAUCAAAUAGAAUGCGAAGCAAUACAGAGGACUGUUUCUGAAUGUAUGUAAAUAAACUGAAAAGAGUGGGAUUAGGAGGGUUUUAGAUGUGGCCAAGUUGGUAGUGAUUUAAAUCCCAAGGGCAGAGUGUUUGUGUCUUUGUGUUUGGGUCAGUUGAGAAGUUUCUCAUUCUGACUCUCUGGCAAAGGGAAUGUAUCAGAACUGUGUCACAUGCUCAGUCUGAAACAAUAGAUCAAAAUCUAAAGUAGGCCACAGAACUUACAUAAAAAACACACCGACUUCCCAGUCAGAAUUGUUCAAACCGGUAGCUCAGCCUCUACACUGUUGCAAAGUUGCAAUAGUCAGGGGCGACACUUUUACAUCACUUUAUGAAGUGUAAGUCAAAGCACAGUGUAUAAUGUGUACAGCAUUAUGACUGAUUGUAAACCACAGUUACAAAUAAUCAUUAUAUACAUUUUCAUAUGUCCUCCUUUUGGUGCCUUUGCACAUUGUUACUACUUUACUCUGUGUUUACCUUGAUUACAUUACCACUGCAAAUGUGCCAAGUUAAAAAAAAAAAACUAAUGUAUUUAAAGCGAAGCAAAUGUCAAAGCUAUACAUUAGUAAUUGGGAAUGUCGUCAGGUGUUCUGAGGAGUGAGAGUGGUCAAAUUCAACUGCAUUAUGAUAGUUGUGCGAAUGUUUAAAAAUAUGAAGCUGAGCUUCAUCACCAAAUCAAUGCUAAGUUUGAUUUCCCUUGGACUUGUGUGAACUGUCAGGGCAGGGGAAGUGCUGUAGCUGCCUUUCCCUUCUAUCAACAUCUGUUGAUUAAGUGUAACCUGAAGCAAGACACUUAACACCGCCUUCUCCAGUUUAGCUGCGUAGUGUGCAGAAUUACACAGACUUGAAAUAAGAUUGCAUUCAUCGUUAAAAUAGGAAUUUUGAAUCUGCCAAAAAUGAAGAGCAUAACUUGAGAUGAGUAAAUCUAUAUAGUCUGUGUUUUUGUUUCAAAAUUGUGAUGUUAUAUUUUUUGUCUUAUUGAAACCACAACAAUAUACGCAUUACACACACAACACACACACACACACAGACAGUCAUAGUGGAAUACUAAUAUAACAGUUUUAAAUGUGACCGUUGCUGUAUCUGUGAAAAAGGCUAAAAGUAACAGAAAUUCCUGUUGGUGUCAAAACACAAAGGUGUCCCGCUUUCACACUGCUCAUAGAGCACAAUGCGUUUAUUUGGUUGUCAUAUAUUUUUCACGAGUGCCUGAUUUAUUUAGCAUUGCAUGCCUUUUACUUUCACUUUAAAGGAUAACUAGCAUCACUCGCAACAAUUACAGCUGUGAGAACAGCAUCAGUUUCAUCAGUUUCAAAAUUCAAAUAAUCAUUUUCUCUGAGUUGUUUAGGAUUUCUCCUCUCCAGCUAGGUUAUUGCGUGUGGAGAGGGAAUGAGGAAGAGGCAGAUGGUUUCUCUUUUUAAAAUAUAUAUCCACCUGUUUUAUUUGUAUGACAUUGAAAUGCCAUGUGUUUUUUUAUUUUUAUUUUAUUUUCAGAUUGUUAAAAGGGAAAUAACAAAUAAAGAUUGAGCCGAAGAGGA